GUGCAAAUGCAGGCGCAGGCGAAGACCGAGAUAGCCCCGGCAGCGGCGGCGGCGGCGGCGGCGGCAGCGGCAGCGGGGACGGAACCCACUCCAGUAGCAGGACCGCCCGACGGCAUCGAGAAGCGCGAAGGCGUGGAGGCGGAAGUGGCGUCCAAGAAGGAGAAGGCGGAGGCAAUGGCGACGGCCCCGCCACCCGAGGCGGCCGCUCGCACCCCCAAGCGGCUCGCCCCGCGCCCUCCUCAGGCCAACACGCCCACACACGCCCACGCACUCGCACACCUGCCCGUCCAAGAGGUCGAGGAAGCGGUGUCGGCGACGCCGCUCGUAGAAGAGAAGAAAGACGAAAACGAGCUUGUGGCUGAUAAGGACGAGAGACAAGAGAAAGACAAAGCGGCGGAAGAAGAGAAGCCGGAGGUGGAGGCGGAGAAAGAGAAAGCAGUGGAAAGGCCGACGACGUUGAAGCUGCACCCAGUGGUCGUGGAGGCACCUCCUGCGGUGACGCCCGCCCCAGCGCCCGCUCCCGCCCCCACAUCCACGCCUUCGCCCCCCGGCCAAGCCCCCCCGGCCCAAUCUCAGACUCCAGCCUUCGCUCCCCGCCGCCCGCCGCCCCGCGCCCCGACGCCAGCGCCCCAACCCGCCGGCCGCCGGGCGCGACGGCGACACCAGCCCAACGCGCGCCCGGCAGAAAGGGCGCCCAAGCCCAAAAUUCUCGCUGACGCAAGCUGCUGGGCUGGAGGCCGCGCGGGGGCGGCAGGCAACGGCGGCGGGGAGGCGGCGGGGCGCGCGGGGCCGGCCGGGCGACGGGGUCGGCGGGCGGACGGGCGCGACGCUGGCCCCGGCGCGGCGGCGGGCCCCGCCAGCCCCCACGCGCCCCGCGCCCCGGAGAUCGUGGCACACCAGUGGGCUGCGCGGCGCCCCCGAGCGCGUCGACGCCGCCCCGCGACGCUCGCCGCAGAUAAUUAG